CCACAAGUCACCAACAAAUUGAUUUAUUUUCUUGGUCUAUCGAGUUUGAUCAAAAUUAUUAGUCAUGGCUUUCCUUCAAUCUUCAUUCCCUCUUCCUCUUACUCUUUUAAUUGCAUUGUCCUUGUUAAUUAACCCUUCUUUUGGCUUCUACCCGAAGCUCCUAAAUACCUCCCUAGAGGCAUCAGAGACAGAUUGGUCACCAGCUGGAGCAACAUGGUAUGGCAGUGCCAACGGUGCUGGUAGUGAUGGUGGAGCUUGUGGGUAUGGGACUGCUGUAGAACAAUCUCCAUUCUCUGCAAUGGUAUCUGCUGGAGGUCCUUCUAUUUACAAAUCCGGCAAAGGAUGUGGAGCCUGUUAUGAGGUGAAAUGUUCGACGAAUGCAGCAUGCUCAGGCAAUCCUGUGACUGUCGUGCUUACCGACGAGUGCCCUGGUUGCGUCUCUGAAUCCGUUCACUUCGAUUUAAGUGGCACUGCUUUUGGAGCAAUGGCGAAUUCCGGCCAGGCUGACCAACUCCGAAACGCCGGAGUUUUACAGAUUCAAUAUAGAAAAGUUGAAUGCAACUACCCCGGAAAGACAGUGGCCUUCAACGUUGAUGCUGGAUCGAAUCCGAACUACUUUGCAACCUUAAUUGAGUACGAGGAUGGGGAUGGUGAACUGGGAUCUGUGCAACUCAAGCAGGCUCUGGAUUCUGAAUCCUGGCAAUCCAUGCAACAGUCAUGGGGAGCAGUUUGGAAGCUGGACUCUGGCUCCGCCCUCCAAGCUCCCUUCUCUAUUAAACUCACAUCGCUCGAGUCUGACAAGAUCAUCGUCGCCAAUGGAGUGAUUCCGGCCGGCUGGCAGCCGGGAAAAACCUACAGAUCAGUCGUCAAUUUUGAUGGCUAAUUAAAGAAAUUAAAUGGUACCUAUAUGUGUACGUCUUUGUCUCGAUCUGUAACUUGAUCGUUUAAUGGAGAAGAAGUCAACUUAAUAUUUGAUUAGUCCUUUGAUGUAUCAUAUAUCUUUCUAACUUUGAUCAUUAAAAGGACCAAUAAAAUUAGACUCCAUUC